AUGGCGGACGACAAGGUCGGCCAGACGGCGAGCGUGACCAUCAUGCUGAUGACCUUCAUCACGCUUACUGUCGUGAUGAGAACAUGCGUGAGGAGUGUGCUGUUGAGGAGUGUCGGGUGGGAUGACACACUGGUGAUCAUUAGCUGGGUGCUGGCAAUGGCUCUUUGCGGUGCAAUUCUUGCCAUGACCAACGUCGGCUUGGGAUCACACUUCCAGGACGUGUCGAAAUCAGACUUUGCAGAGUUUUUGAGGCUACAAGUCGUCACGCAGCUCACUUACAUCUGGGCGUUUGUGACGGUGAAGAUGUCAUUUACCGUUCUCUACUUGCGGCUACUUCCCGACCAGAUGUACCAGAGAAUCAACAAGUUUCUCCUGAUUUUGCUUCUUGCGGAAGGCAUCGAAGAGACAGCAGUCGUCAUCUUUAGAUACUUGACCAUAUUCUACUAUUCAGCUUUUGCCAUCAAAUUGUUGACGGAUUUGGUGCUUUUCGUCCAACCGAUUCCCACCAUCUGGAAGUUGCAAUUGCCGAUGGCGAAGCGCUGUGGUGUGAUUUUCAUGCUUUCCUUGGGCUUGCUGGUUUGUAUUAUUUCGGUCAUCAGAGUCAGCUACAUCAAUGCGUUCGACAAAGACGUCACUUUCUUGGUUGCCGAUCCCCUGCUCUGGUCAGAAGUCGAAGUCUGCGCCCUCAUCAUCUGCUCUGGCGUCCCCUCCCUGCGACCGUUGAUCUCGAAGUUCCCCGCCCUGAACAAGGCUCUCGGCCUCUCGACGGGCAAGUUUUCGAAGAACUACUACGCCAACCAGCGAACCACAAUAGGCGGCUCCAAGCCGUACCUCGCCCAAAACGCAUACGCUCGCGGCGCGGCAAAACAAGGUUUCGGAAAACUUUCUCAAAGUUCGAGUUCCUACGGCACCGGCAGCGGCACCCGCACCAACACGGAGAGCAUGGAGAACAUACUCCCCCUAGACCUCGACAAGCCUUCGCUCACACACAGCGUGGAGAUGGGCAUCAUCAAGGUGAAGAACGACAUCCACCAAGAGGUCAGGCCAGCGUCACCGGACGUCAUGGACCCGUACUUCCCAGCCGGCAGGCCGAUGGCCAGGCGGAAGAGUCGAGGAAACAUUCACAACGGCACGGGGUGGAUCUCGGACGACUGA